AUGGAAAAAUCUGGGAUCAGAAAAUACCAUAUUAUGGAUAUUAUGUGCAUGCAAUACGGUGGAUAUGAUGAGGUUGGAUGCAUUAUGAGGGACAUUUACAAUUUCUGUCAUGCUAACAAGCAGGAAACAAUUUCUUCCGGGGAUGCUCAAACGGUGAUCAAUCACAUGGUGGCGAGGCAAGAGCAAGAUUCAGAUUUUUUCUUCAGGUACUUGGUUGAUGAAGCUGGCCAUCUGAAGGGACUGUUCUGGUGUGAUAGUCAAUCCCGACUUGACUAUGAGGCUUUCGGAGACGUUAUUGUUUUUGAUAGCACAUACAGAACCAAUAAGUACAAUCUGCCAUUUGUGCCGUUUGUCGGGUUGAAUCACCACUGCAGCACCAUUAUUUUUGCAUGUGGUGUCAUUUCACAUGAAACAAGCCAGGCAUACGAGUGGAUGUUACGGACCUUUUCUGAUGCUAUGGGACAGAAGCAUCCUAUAUCUGUGAUCACGGAUGGGGACCUUGCAAUGCAGAGAGCAAUCAGGGUGGUGUGGCCUGACUCAAACCAUAGGCUCUGUAUAUGGCACAUUCAGCAGAACAUUGUACGCCAUCUGCAUGAUGACGCGCGGUAA